UCCACUUUUCAUUAAUUACUCCAUAUUCCGAUAAUUAUUAUUGUCAUUAAGGGAAUAAUUCAAGAAAUCAUUAUUUGAAAUUCACCCAAUCAAAUUCAGAAUCUCCUCUUUUCAAAUCCUUAGGAGAAAAGGGCUAGUGUGCAGUUAAAGGAUUGUUGCUUUCCCCCAUUGAUGGGCUUAACUUAUUACCGUUAAUGAUACUUCAUUUCAGUUAGGCUAACGUUUUGAUUUUUACGAGAGAAAUCUUCUCCACAAUCACAUCAUCUUUUGAUAGAUUGACAUUUUUUUUGUUGCCUCAUCCCGUGCUAUUUUACUUUGGUAGUGAUCUCCCCUAUCCUAUUGUUGCAAAUAACAUUAGCCGAUUUUAAGUAUGGGUAAGCUCACUUUCAAAGGCGAUAAGAAGAAGAAAACCAAGAAGGUAGAUAAUACCACUGUGAGUAGGCAAGAUCCAAUACUUCCCGAAAAAGCUUCUGCUGCAAUUGAAGGCUGGUCUUCUGCAACCGUUUGUGGUGAUUUGAAAGGUCCUUGUAUCUUUUUACAUGGCCAGAGUCCACCGUUGGCAUUACAACAUGAUAGCAUGACUGACUCAUUUUUGGGUCUGGAUAAUACCGAUAUUUUAUCUUCUAAAGAUUGCAUUAAUUUCUUUGAGUCUGACCUUUUAGAGUAUCUGGAGAUUGAUCGGGUUGAACCCAACUCUACCAGCCAGGUAUUCAGCAUCAUUCCCAUCAAUGACUCAAAUAAAUCCUUACUAUCUGCAUCUGCAACUGAAAAGUUUGCAUUCAAACAUCGUGAUAGCUACUUAUCUUAUAAUUCAAAUGGUACUCUUGAAUUAGUACCUGCUAUUUCCAAAAAUGAGAUAUUCACUUUGGAACCACAUCAAAUACCAAAUGGUGUUUUUUGGUAUAUAAUUGCAUCCAAUGGUCACAAACUAACGUACACCAAUUCCACAUACUCUUUCCAUCAUGAAGAAGGUACUGCGUUUGUCAUCCGAGUUCAUAUAAAUAAUACUAUCAAAGGCUCUCAACUAAUCCUAGAGUCUUCUCAGCCCACAGAUUCUAAUACAGAUGUCAAGAAAGCAAUUCGAACGCUAUACAAAGAAACUAACGGGAAGAUCAUCAUCAAUAAUGACUUGGUAAACCGCUUGAAGACUGCUUCCCAGCGAAGAGAGUUGAAUGAAGCCAUCAUCAACGAGAAGUCAAAGUAUUUAUCUAAAUGGUGAACAGACCCGUACAUUCAAGUAGUCAAUUUUUUUUUUUCUAUUUUUUUUUUUUUUAUUGAAGAAUUUUCAGAUCUUUUCAAAAAGUUUACUGUAGAACGCCAUUCAAGCAACUGCUCUAUUGAACAACUUGGUAUAGACAGAAUGGUAUUUGGAGUUUACACGGGGCCACAACCCCCACCAAAACAAAUGCAUGAGAUGAAUCAAGAAGAGCAAGCCGAAGAAGGAGCACGUAAAAUGAUUGAAUUCAUGCAAUCCUGUCCUGGUAAAACGGCCAUGGCCGGGGUAUCAGGGUUCUUUCUUGGGGGGUUCUUUGGUUUAUUCAUGGCAUCUAUGGCGUACGAUGCUCCAAGUGGUACUAAUGCGGCCAGUCAUAUUAGUCAAUUACCUUUCAAGCAACAGAUG